AUGUUACACAUACCUGAUGUUGCACUUGGCAUUGAGAGAGCCGAUCAUAAACAUUUUGAUGACAUCUAAGAGACUUCAAAGCUAGAACAACCUGUUAAAAUUAGCGUGGUCAAGAUAUAAUACAAUAAAGAUCAUAUCAUCGGAAUCAAACUUAAGUACAAGGGAAAUAAUGGAAAAUAAGUUAAAGGAAAUUGCUCCAUGAAGUUCAAACUUCUUGGAGGAGUAUUUUCUGGAACAAAGAAAGAGAAGUACAAUAUUGAUGAUGAUGAUUAUAUCAAAGAGAUACAUGGAUUUGUGGGCACAGAAAUAAAUCUUUUUGGAUUUACUACCUAUAAAGGAGUAUCUCAUUAAUGUGGAGUAACUAAAGGUGUAGCAUUUUCACAUCACUUCCCACUUCACACAUUCACAUCAGCCAGAGGAUCAUAUGAUAAAUUCUUAGAAUUCAUUGCCUUUAGAGUAUCCCCACUUAGUCCAGAAUAGAUCAAAAAAUUAGGAUUGAGUUAACAAUAAGGCAAUGUCAACGUCACAACUCACACUGUUUAACCUCCACCCCCAGCACAAAAUUUGCCUUAUGGAUAAAUGCCACCUCCUGGAUAAUAAUACCCACCUCAAGGAUAAUAAUACCCGCCUCAAGGACAAUAUCCACCACAAGGACAAUACCCACCUCAAGGAUAAUAUCCACCUCCCGGAUAGUACCCACCUCAAGGAUAAUAUCCACCCCAAGGAUAAUAUCCUCCUCAAGGAUAAUAUCCACCUCAAGGAUAAUAUCCACCCCAAGGGCAAUAUCCACCCCAAGGGCAAUAUCCACCUUAACCAAACCCAGGAUAAUACCCACCCUAACCAGCUUACGCAUAAUAUCCACCACAACCUCCAUAGAAUACAACUGUUAUCAUAGAAUAGUAAGCUCCACCUCCCGCACAAAAAAGUGGUGUGAGCGGCGGUGUCGUUGCAGGUGCCAUGGUGGGAGGUGCUUUGGUUGGAGCUGCUUUAGCAACCAAUCAUCAUCAUAAUCACCAUCACGGUCCAGAUGUCGUUGUUGUGAAGAAAGAUCAUUGA